UAGCUUGGUCUUUAGUUUGACUAGAGUGAUUCCAACCAUAAAUAUGACUUCUGCUCCUCAACUUUUUUCUUCCUUCUUACCAAAAAUAAGAACACAGAGAAAAUUAGGAAUAAAAUAAGAAAAAAGAGAUCACAUAUUAAACCAUGUCCGGCCAUGGCGAUUGGCUUCAAUUUUACCAUCAAAAUCUCUCUUCCACGGCGGCGCCACCACCUUCCGAUCAAUCCACCUCCGAAAUGAUCUUCGCCGAUCGAGUUUCUGACGCCACCGCCGUUGUCACCACCACCGCCUCCGGAACCACAGCCGGUUCAACUGGAUUGAAUCCGGAAGGUCGUGUAGGAAAGCCGGUUCGCCGCCGGUCCAGGGCAUCUCGGCGGACUCCAACGACGUUGCUCAACACCGACACAACUAAUUUCAGAGCCAUGGUUCAACAAUUCACCGGCGGUCCAACUCCACCUUUCGCCUCAUCGAUUUCCCCCAAUUUUUCGCUAGGGUUCAGCGGGAUUCGUCAAUCCAAUUUCUCCACUCCGCCCAACGCCGUGAUUUCUCCGCCGUCUGGUUACCUACUACAACAACCGCCACAGUUUUACAAUCACAACCCCCAGCCGUUCCUGUUUCCGACAGACGCACACGGCGGCGACUUUCUUCAGAGGCUAUCCGCGCCGAGGCCGGCUAAUGGCGGAGUUUCCGGAGACGGAUUUCUGACGGAAAGUGCGGUUCCUUCUCAAAUUCCUCCCGCCGGAGCUUCUGCUGGUUCCUCUAACGAGAGCAAUGGCGGUAAUGGUCGCUUACUGUUCUGACGACGGGGAAGUUACUCCACCGACGGCGCCGAUGCCGAUGACUGAGCUGAAUAAUUUUUGGGAUCUGUAGAAAUUUUUAGGGCUUUUUCGGAUUCAAAUUACCUGCAGUCAUUGGCAACGGUGAUGGUGAAGUGAAGUGAAGAAGACGAAGACUAUACCUUUUUUUUUUUUUUUUCCUAAAUAUAUAUUUUAAUUUUUUUUCUUAGGUUUUUAUUGGGUGGAAUAUUGAGAUAAUGUUAGAAGAAAUUGGGUUUUGGCUUUUGUGUUUUGAUUUUUCUUCAUUUGUUUAUGUUUUUUUUUUUUUUUAUUUUUACAGGAGAAAAAAGAUUAUAUGGUAUAAAUUAUUGUAUAAAUUAUGAAUAAUUUAUUUCAGGAUCAUCUAAUAUGGAUUAGAUUGAUUCUUUUAUGUGGGAAAA